AUGAGCUUCAUUUCUGUUCAAUUUAAGGGCCCAGAUACCACCAAACCCCCGUGCAGGUCGCUCUUAAGGCCUUUACAAAAGCGACUCGCUGAUCUCUGCCCUUCAUACGUUCCUGAAGCUGCUGCUUGCCCAAACCCCGCAAGACAACUGGACAAUAUAGGAGGAACCCAAAUACAUAUAGAUCCCUUGGUCAGCCUUUCCAACUGCAGUCACUACUUCAUUCAAAAGCGAGAGUCAUUUGUGUUUGUGGAUUGCUACUCUCGAGUCGACUCAAUGAGUCAUGGGAAUGGAAUCCUUGGACCGGAGUUGUUUUCUCCUAUGGUGGACGAGGAGACCAAAGAGCCAGAAUAG